UUUAAGUAGCUUUACAUGAUAGAGAAGGCGGGGCAAAGGUCACAAGAGAGAAACCGAGUGAAUUCGAUCCGGCAACCUUUUGAGUCUCCAGCUUACGAUAACCAUGGCUGCCAAUACAGGGAAACUUGCCGGAAAGACACUGUUUAUAACUGGUGCAAGUCGAGGAAUUGGCAAAUACAUUGCUGUGAAAGCUGCUCGUGAUGGUGCCAAUGUGGUUAUUGCUGCCAAAACUGCUGAUCCACAUCCAAAACUUCCAGGAACAAUCUAUACUGCAGCAAAAGAAGUUGAGGAAGCUGGAGGGAAAAGCCUGCCGUGUAUUGUUGAUAUCCGUUAUGAAGACCAAGUGCAGAAAGCUGUGGAUGAAACGGUGAAGACAUUUGGAGGCAUUGAUAUCCUUGUCAACAAUGCCAGUGCCAUUAGCCUUACUGGAACUCAGCAAACACCAAUGAAGAAAUACGACCUCAUGAUGGGCGUCAAUGCCAGAGGGACUUACCUUUGCUCCAAGGUCUGUAUCCCUUACUUGAUGAAGUCGGAAAACCCUCACAUCUUGAAUCUUAGCCCUCCUCUAAACAUGAACCCGAGAUGGUUUACCAAUCAUGUGGCAUACACCAUGGCCAAAUAUGGUAUGUCUAUGUGUGUUCUGGGAAUGUCUGGUGAACUCCAGUCUCAUGGAAUUGCUGUGAAUGCCUUAUGGCCCAGAACCGCAAUCUACACAGCUGCUAUGAAGAUGUUGGGAGGUGGAGAUGAGAUUGCCACAAACUGCAGGAAACCAGAGAUUAUGGCUGAUGCUGCGUAUGUUAUAUUGAACAAAGACAGUAAAACUUUCACUGGACACUUCUGCAUUGAUGACACAAUCUUAAAAGAAGCAGGAAUAAAAGACUUUGAACAAUACUCUUGUGUUCCAGGUAGUACAUUCCUUCCCGAUUUCUUCUUGGAUGUUGACCCUGAGUCAGAGGAGGCCUCGUCUGGUGAUGAAACCCAGCCUUCCAAACCAUCAAUUGAUGGUGAUGGUUUAACCAUCCGAACUUUUCAGUCAAUCGAGAAAAUCCUGAGUGAAGAUGUUGUGAAAUCAGUGGGAGGAGUGUUUGCUUUCCAUUUGACAGGUGAUGAUGCUGGCGAAUGGUUUGUGGACAUGUCUUCUGGAAGUGGUUCAGUUGGUAAGGGAGUUCCACCCAGUGGCAAAGCAGAUGUCACUAUGACCAUGAAGGACACAGACUUUGUGAAGAUGUUCUCUGGUCAGCUGAAGCCUACCAUGGCUCUCAUGACAGGAAAGUUAAAAAUUAAAGGGGACAUGCCUCUAGCCAUAAAGUUGGAAAAAUUCAUGGGUCAAAUGACAUCCAAGUUAUAACAUUCCUGAGUCUGUUAAAAGUGCAACAUCUGACAUGCAACUCGAAAAUUCCAUUGAGGCCCAGCAACAAUCUCUUUGAAGAAGAAUAAUUACAGAGAAAAUAUAAAUAAAGUUAUAACAUAAAAAUAUUAACCCUGAUUAAUGUGUUACACAAAAAUAUGUAUAAAUAUAUACACACACAUGCAUACAUAUAUUUGUGUGUGUGUAUAAACACAGAAGAUUCUGUAUCCAUAAUGGACGUAUUGUACACUUAUAUAAUAGACACCCAUUUCUUGCUUAAUAUGAAGGAAAAUAGUGUUUCCUAUUCCAUGUUCGAGACUAUAGAGUUAAUGCAGAGACAAAGAACUGAGCAGAAAAUGAAAUAGAAAAUAUGUGAAGAAAGAGAGUAUAUGUACACACACACAAUACAUACAAACACACAUAUAUAUGUGUGUAUAUAUAUAUAUAUUUAACUUGUUUUCACAAUGUUCUUUGAAAUCUAGAAAUCUUUUCAAAACUUUCCAUAUAAAGAGAAAUUAUUUUUUCA